AUGCUAUUCAUGUUCAUCGCAAGCUUCGGUGGCCUCUUCAUCCCUGGAGCGUUUACCCAGCUGUUCACGGUGAACUGCGCAACUCUAACGGUUCAACGAGGUGAUCCCAUCGUCUAUCCCGGCGUGGUAUCACCCCAUGUGCAUGCUGUUGUGGGCGGCACUGCCUUUGCACUUACAGAAUCCAACGAGGCGGCCAAAGCUGCCAAUGCCACAACCUGUGACAAGCUGCUGGACAACAGCAACUAUUGGCAGCCGCAGCUGUACCAUCAGAGAAACGAUGGCAGGUUCGAGAUCGUGGAGAUGCAGGGAAUAGCGGCCUAUUACAUCAACCGGGCAUGCGACUACGCAGAAGGACGUACGAACUGCAACGGCAUGCCACAUGCUCGAGCACCGCCUGCCGGCUUGCGCAUGGUUGUUGGCAACCCCUAUUUGAGAACGUACGACCACUCAAACCCGGCACAACGGGCCAUUUCUCACGUCUGUCUGGGGAAAGAAAACGUGCCAGACACACCGCAUCUUCCAACGAGGCAGUGUGAUCGCCUCCGAGCGGAGACUUUCUUUCCAUCUUGCUGGGACGGAAACAAUCUAGACAGCUCGGACCACAAGAGUCACAUGGCAUUUCCGGCAAUCGGAGACUACAAUACUGGGGUAUGCCCCAAAUCGCACCCAAUUGCCAUCCUCUCCGUCUUCCUCGAGUUCUUCUAUGACACUGGUGCCGUCAAGGACUUCAACAGGUGGGUUUGGGCCAUGGGCGACGCCACGGGAUACGGACUGCAUGGAGACUUUCUCAACGGUUGGACGGACCAGAACGCCCUCGGCAGGGCCAUGGAUACUUGCACCGGCCCGCAGGGUGUAGAUGCACCCAGCUGCAGUCUGAAUAUUGGACCGGACGGACCAGGGCGCUCGAGACGGCAGGAUAUCGAGACGGACGCACCGAGGGAGGAGGUUGGUUUGAAUGGUCCCCUCGACAAGCUGCCGGGGGACAACCCGGUGACCGGUGAGCCGAUUCGAGGUUAG